AUGAGAGUGCCAGAAGAGGCGGUGUCCCUUGGGGGGUGCCACUUUGUGAGGCUUAGCUACGGUCGAAAGCCGGCAAUUUACUCGUCAACGCGGCAGUUUGGCUCGAGCCCACCUUGCUCAGUGCUGGACACCAACUACGAAAUACGCUUCUCGGACAAGCACGUUCUCAGUGGCAACUCCGUGCUCCUGCAGUGUCCUAUACCCAGUCAUCUGACUGACCACGUGUUCGUGACAUCUUGGCAGAGGGUCGACGGCUACGUCAUCACUAAAAAUACUCAUGGAGACGAAUACUUGGUGACGAGCGAUGGGCAGCUGUACAUCCGAGAGGCCCGAGACUCAGAGGAACUCCUACGAUACCGCUGUCACACGGAAAACACCCUCACUCGUAGGAAGAAGACCAGCAUGAACUUCGUCCGCCUGCUUCUUAGAGAGCCUGUGGCGAUGCAGAUGCCAUCUAUCGUGCACCGCAGUAGCCGUGUGCUCAGCGAUCCUGGCCAGCCAGCCGAGUUGCUGUGCGCUGCCGAGGGGUUUCCAGUGCCAUCUUAUAGCUGGUACAAGCGCGAUGGUCAGCGGAUGCUGCCCGUGGAGUCCGGGCCCCGCGUGCGCCAGGUGGCAGGCAUUCUACAGUUUCGAGAAGUCGAAUCCAGUGACGGAGGCUCCUACGUUUGCGUCGUGUCUAACAGCGUCGGCGACGCCCAGGUCGACCUGGAACUUGUCGUCACACGUGAGUAUCUUGCAUGA